AUGGACUUGAUAUACAGCAACGCUGAGCUUACAAUUGUGGCCGCAGCGGGUGAAGACGAAACAUAUAGGCUUCCUGGAGUCAGCCUGACGACAUGUCUCGAGGAAUAUGUCCUCCAUCCUGACGACAUCGCAGUCAUAUAUACCGGGCCUCAUCCAGCCUGCUAUCUGGAGUUGGAAUCUAAAUGGUGGACAAGAGGAUUGACCUUCCAAGAAGGCUUGCUUUCUCGUCGGCGGAUCAUCUUCAGUGAGCAUCAAGCGUUCUUCGGGUGCCAGAAGGCAAGUUGGAUGGAGGUGCUGGGCAAGAUCGAGUACAUGCACGAUCGAUGUGGGGUUCAAUGGUCUCAUUGGAGGAACGGAUAUUUUGUUUUGAAUCACCUCAUGGGCCAACCAGGACACAAUUAUUCAAGUGGAGAAUCUCGGGAUCUCGAUAGGAAACGGGUAGCAGAUGAAGCAGUAGCGCGCCGAAUGCACCAUUUCUUCCGCCCUAUUCAACACUUUACGACUAGAAAUCUCACAUUCGAUGUCGAACCGUUGAAGGCUAUCAUACAGUAG